UCCCCCUACCAACUGCGAUACACUAUCCCCACAAGCAAACCCCAUCAUCAUCUUCUUCUUCUUCUUCUUCUUCUUCUUCUUCUUCCCACUUCCUUGUAACUUGUGUCGUCUCCUCUCAGCUUCAUCGACUGACAGAUUCCCAAGAGGAAAUGAUUUGUUCCAUCAAUGGUUUCUGGUUUUCGUUGAGUCUCUGAUUUGUAGAACCUAAGUUCCUGAUAAGUUGGAAAUAAGCUGCGGAUCUUUGAGAUUAAACAACAAAAGUUUGGCACUUCAUGGCUCUGGAACAUGUUUGUGAAAAGCGGCUUCAAGCAAAGACCUUCUGUGGCCAAGAGUUUCAGUUGACUAUUAAUUGGGAUGAUUUGACUUGUCCCAUUUGUUUGGAUUUCCCUCACAACGGUGUGCUUCUCCAGUGCUCCUCUUACGAUAAUGGUUGCCGUGCAUUCGUUUGCAACACAGAUCACCUUCACUCUAACUGUUUGGAUCGUUUCAUUAGCGCCUGUGGUACCGAAUCACCUCCACCUCCUGAUGAACCUCGGUCUAAGGUUUUAGAAGAGAGUUGCAAACCGGUGUGUCCACUCUGUAGAGGCGAAGUUACUGGCUGGCUUGUUGUUGAAGAAGCUCGUGUCCGUCUUGAUGAGAAAAAACGUUGCUGUGAGGAAGAGAGAUGUAGGUUUAUGGGUACUUACUUGGAACUUCGCAAUCAUGCUCAGUCAGAGCAUCCGGAUUCUCGUCCCUCAGAAAUUGAUCCAGCACGAAAGCUUGACUGGGAAAAUUUCCAGCAGUCUUCUGAAAUAAUCGACGUGUUGAGUACAAUUCACUCAGAAGUUCCGAGAGGAGUGGUUUUAGGGGACUAUGUGAUCGAAUAUGGAGAUGAUGACACAGGAGAUGAGUUUGAAGAUGUUCCUAACAAUGAAGGAAACUGGUGGACCUCCUGUAUUCUGUAUCAGAUGUUUGACAAUAUAAGGAAUGCCAGGAAUCGAAGAAGAUCAAGAAUGAGUGAGAGCAGGAGAGGGAGCCGCCGCUCUAGUUAUGAUAACUCCAACUCUGAUGACAGCUCAGUAGCAUCCAUAGAGUUCCCGGAGUAUAGAGUAGAUGAGAUCGAUGAUGAGUUCAUCAGCACCAGUGGAGCUAACAGAAGUAGCUCUAUGCACCAAAGUUCAAGAAGGCGUCGAACCCGCUUCUAUGAAAAUUAGUCAGCUUGAAAAUGAAGCGAAGCAUAUGACGCAGACCAACCUAUACGUAGCCAGCGCUUCUUGGUUUUGGAGCCCUCUCUUCUUUUUCGUUCUACACAUAAAAUUUUAUUGUAGGUUUGUCUUGUGACAUUACUCGCAGUCGCAGCCUUUGUACAAAAACAUAAAGCCUUUUUUGGAUAUUGUAGUACCCUUUGUCGUUGUCGCUUCUUUGUUUUACAUGCAUCUUUGAACAAUGUAGAUAUUGAGAGACGUAAUUCAGAAGUCAACGUUCGUGCA